CUCUCACUCUCCCCCCCCCCCCACCAUAUAUACGGAGGACCGCCUCCUUAACCGCUCUGGCUCUUAUCUCCCUCUCUCCCUCUCUCCCUCUCCCUCUCUCCCUCCCUCUCUCCUUCUCCCCCUUUCCCCUCCCCCUUCAAUUCUCUCUCCCUCUCUUUCUCUCUCUAUCCGAGUUCAUCAUGUCUAUUAAACGUGCCAUAUCGAAAAUCAGACACACAAAAACCGACGACGAAGAUGGCGGCAGCCCCGCGUCUCCGGCCUCGACCUCCUCGCCCAUCCGGCGUCGAGUCCUCAGCAACUUCCUGCGCGACCGGGACUCGGUUUCGUCGUCCGAGGAGCUGUCGGAUGAUUCGUCCACCAGCGGCUCGUUGAGCAAGAACCAGCAGAACGAGGAGCACCACCGCUCCUCCUCCGAGUCCCGCCAGAAGGAGGAGGCCAUCGCUCUCGCCCUACGCCAGGAGACCCCCGAGAUGAAGGCGAGAUAUGGCGAGCUGCCGCUGCUCCAGUCGCGGACCCGCACUGGGGAGGAGCGCUUCCACUUUGACGACAUCUCCAAGGACCUGGUCGGUCGCCAGAUCACCUUCACCGCGCGUCUGCAUAUCAUCCGCCGCAUGAGCGCCAAGCUCGUGUUUCUCGUCUUUCGUCAGCAGUUGACGACCUUCCAGGGUGUCCUGCACGAGAAGCCUGGGGUCAGCAGCAUCGCCAUGGUCCAGUGGGCCGAGCACCUGCGCCUCGGCGCCAUUGUGCGCAUCCGCGGCACCAUCCAGGCUCCCGACGUGCCCGUCCUCGGCUGCACCAUCCACGAGGUCGAGCUGAGCAUCGAAGAGCCCGUCCCCUUCAGCGUCUACGAGGCCGAGAUCCGCACCGCCGAGGAGGAUCGCGUCGAGGGCCGCCGCAGCCACAUCCCCGACCGCACCCGUCUCACCAACCGCAUCCUCGACCUCCGCACCCCAACCUCACAGUCCAUCUUCCGCAUCCAGUCCGGCGUCACGGGCGCCUUCCGCAGUGCCCUCGACGAGCGCGGCUUUAUCGAAAUCCACAGCCCCAAACUGCAGGGCGCCGCCACCGAAUCCGGCGCCAGCGUCUUCGAGCGCCUUCGCCGCGUCUAUGAGGUCGGCGCCGUCUUCCGCGCCGAGAACUCCAACACCCACCGCCACCUGACCGAGUACACGGGGCUCGACCUCGAGAUGGCCAUUGACGAGCACUACCACGAGAUGCAGGAGACCAUCGACGCCGCCAUCAAGAACAUCCUCUCCGUCGUCUACAGCCGCUUCCGCCGCGAGGUCGAGAUCAUCAAGCACCAGUUCCCCUCCGACGACGUCGUCUGGCUCGACAAGACCCCCGUCAUCCGCUUCACCGACGGCAUCCGCAUGCUCAACGAGUCCGGCUGGCGCGACGAGGACGGCAACCUGCUGCCAGAUGGUGAGGACCUCCACACCCGCGACGAGAUCCGCCUGGGGGAGUUGGUCAAGGAGCAAUACGGCACCGACUACUACAUCCUCGACAAGUUCCCGCGCGACGCCCGUCCCUUCUACACCAUGCCCGACCCGGACGACCCGCGCUUCACCAACUCCUUUGACAUGUUCAUCCGCGGGCAGGAGAUCGUCUCCGGGGGACAGCGCAUCCACGACGCCAAGAUGCUGGAGGAGAACAUGCUCCGGGCCGGCAUCAACCCGGAGGACAUGGAGGAGUACCUGGAGGGCUUCCGGUGGGGGGCCCCGCCGCACGCCGGGGCGGGCAUCGGCCUCGAGCGCAUCGUCAUGCUCAUCCUGAAGCUGGGCAACAUCCGUCUCGCCUCGCUCUUCUACCGAGACCCCAAGAGUCUGCCCGCCAAGCCGCCCGUCGUGCAGCUGCGGCACCCGGAAUCGUCGACCAUCGAGCCGCCGUGGCAGCGGGACGGCAGGUCGCAAAAGUUUGCCACCACCAAGGAGGAGCUGCAGCCGAUCGAGCACCUGAUCGCCAACUACGGCGACGCGACGGCCACCUCGUGGGGCGACGAUCGGUUCAAGAUCUGGCGCGACAUGGCGACGGGCGCCGCGGUGGCCUACGUGCCCAGCUCGAACAACUACGCGGUCAUCCCCGGCGACCCGCUGUGCGAUCCGAAGCAGUUCGACCGCACCAUCUCCCAGUUCCUGCAGUGGAUGAAGCGAGACACCAAGCUCAAGCCCGUCUGGCUGCUGUGUUCGCCCGAGGUGGAGACGGUGCUGGGCGAGAAGCUGGGCUGGCGCAGUCUGUCCUGCAUCGCCGAGGAACGCGUGGACCCGAGCCACAACCAGGCGGCGGUGGACGGCGACGUUGCGCGUAAGAUCCGGCACGCCGAGGCCGAGGGCGUCAAGCUGGUCACUGUGCCGCAGGGCCAGUUGCCCGACGAGGAGAGCCAGCGCAAGAUCGACACCCGCAUCCAGGACUGGAAGGCGAACCGCAAGGGCACGCAGAUCCACCUGUCAGAGAUCUUCCCCUGGCGCGACCACGAGCACCGCUGGUACCAUUACGCGGUGGACAAGGCCGGCGAGGUGUGCGCCCUGGUGGUGCUGUGCACUCUCUCCCCGCGCAACGGCAUGCAGGUGAAAUACAGCUUUGAUUUCCCGGGGGCCCCCAGCGGCGUCAUCGAGCACAUCGUCACGCACGCCAUCCAGACGGCGGCCAAAACGGGCGUCAAGUCGCUGACUUUCGGGGCGGGCGCCACCGCCCAGCUCACCCCGGGCCACAACCUGCACGGCACCAAGGUCAAGAUGCUGCAGCACACGUACGAGACGAUCGCCAAGCAGUUCCACCUGGUGCGCAAGAGCGAGUUCCGCGCCAAGCUGGGCGCGCGCGACGAACCCUUGUACAUCGCCUAUCCUCCGCACGGGCUGGGGUCGCGAGGCAUCAAGGCCGUCCUGAACUUUUUCGAAGAUUAACCAGGAUUAAGUAAGAUUAACCAGGAUUGACCACCAAGACAUGGUAUUGAAAUAUACUGAGAUGAGAGGGAUCUCUGUCUGGUAUAGAUGUGAGAAGAUAUAUAU